GCCUGGAGGACUGUGUGGGCUUUCCGAAACCAGCUGAUUAUAGUCCUGGUACCCCUGUUACUGUUACCGCUGCCUCUGGUGAUUCCAACCAAGGAGGCUGGCUGUGGUUACACAAUCAUUCUCAUGGCCAUAUAUUGGUGCACUGAAGCACUCCCAUUGGCUGUCACUGCCCUCAUUCCUGUGAUAUUUUUCCCAAUGUUCAAAAUCAUGGAGUCAUCAAUGGUGUGUGUGCAGUACCUGAAGGACACGAACAUGCUGCUUGUUGGGGGAUUGAUGGUGGCAGUAGCAGUGGAACACUGGAAUCUUCACAAACGGAUCGCCCUGAGGGUGCUGCUCAUUGUUGGAGUGAAACCAGCUCUGUUAAUGAUGGGGUUCAUGGGUGUGACAGCCUUCCUGUCGAUGUGGAUCAGUAACACAGCAACCACCGCCAUGAUGGUUCCCAUCGCCCAGGCCGUGCUAGACCAGCUCCACAAAGCAGAAAGCAACAGCUUGGAGCAUGGUGAUGACAUAGAACACAUGGAACUGGAACUGCAGGAGAAGACAACAGUGCAGACUGAAGAUAAAGUCAUCAUUAAUUCCCAUGCCUUUGAGAUGUUACCUGAGAAACCUGACAAAGACAAGGCCACCCUGGAGGAGGAGAGAAAGAUACAUUUGCAGAAACACCUGAAGCUCUCAAAGGGGAUGAGCCUGAGUGUUUGCUAUGCAGCGAGCAUCGGGGGAACUGCCACACUUACUGGGACCACUCCCAACCUCAUAAUGAAGGGACAGUUAGAUAGCCUCUUCCCAGACAAUGGAAAUGUUAUAAACUUUGCCACCUGGUUCGGUUUCUCCUUCCCUUGUAUGUUCAUCAUGUUGGUACUGACGUGGAUCUGGCUUCAGAUCCUGUACUUGGGAUUUAACCUGAAGGAGAAUUUCGGAUGCAAGGCUAAACAUUCCCAGAAGGAUGUAUCUGCAUACCGAGUGAUCAAGGAGGAAGUGAGGAACUUGGGCAGAAUGACCUUUGCAGAGAUUGCUGUCCUGAUCCUCUUCAUCCUGUUAGUCAUCCUGUGGUUCACCAGAGAUCCUGGCUUCAUACCCGGAUGGGCAACUCUGCUCUUUAACAAAGACGGAGACGAUUAUGUUACCGAUGCCACCGUGGUGAUGUUCAUCUCCAUGCUGAUGUUUAUCGUUCCAUCUGACAAGCCACGGCUCCCAUUGAGGGAGAGUAGUGAUACAGAGCGAGGAGGUAAUGGAUGCAAGUACGGUCCUGCUCCAGCAAUACUGAACUGGAAAACUGUCCAAGACAACCUAGCCUGGAAUGUCGUCAUUCUAUUGGGAGGGGGCUUUGCACUGGCUGAAGGCAGUGAGAAAUCAGGCCUUUCCCAGUGGCUUGGAGACCAGCUGACCCCUCUGGAAGCCAUCCCUCCCUGGGCCAUUGUUAUCAUCCUCUGUCUGCUGAUCGCUACAUUCACGGAAUGUGCCAGCAACGUUGCUACGACGUCACUGUUCCUCCCGAUCCUGGCUGCGAUGGCACAACGAAUCAAACUACACCCCCUCUACGUCAUGCUCCCCUCCACCCUCUGUGCUUCGUUUGCUUUCAUGCUACCAGUGGCAACGCCUCCAAACUCCAUUGUUUUCUCCUAUGGCUACCUGAAGGUGGCUGACAUGGCAAAGACUGGAAUCGUUGUGAAUUUCAUUGGAGUACUGAUUAUCACACUGGCUGUGAACACUUGGGGUCAGGUUAUGUUUGACCUGGGGAAGUUUCCUGAUUGGGCAAAUACUACUGCCCUGCCAUGA